GCCUCUUUGCCAUAUUUUCUGACAGUCUCAUAGACUGUCCCCUUUUGAUCUCGAAUUGCUCAAUCCUUUAAAUUUUCACUUCAAUGGAGUCGAGUUCGGCUAUUUGGAUCUUUGUAAUUGUAUCUGCCCUUUUUCUUCAGUCAUGUUUUGCAAAGAAAACUUACAUUGUACAAAUGAAACAUCAUCAAAAGCCCAGUUCCUAUUCCACUAACAGUGAGUGGUAUGCUGACAGCCUCCAAUCAUUCACUUCCGCUACCUCGGAUUCAGUUCUCUACACCUAUGACACAGCGUACCAUGGUUUCGCCGUGGCGCUGGACGAGGCAGAGGCCGAUUCGCUUCGAGAAUCUGAUGCUGUUCUUGGAGUCUAUGAGGAUACCGUUUACACUCUACAUAUCACUCGGACUCCAGAGUUUUUAGGCCUGGACGAUGAACGUGGGACGUGGGCUGGCCACACCUUGCAGGAACUGAAUCAAGCUGCACAGGAUGUCAUAAUUGGUGUACUGGAUACCGGCGUUUGGCCCGAAUCCAAGUCGUUUGAUGAUACCAACAUGCCUGCUGUGCCGUCCAGAUGGAGAGGGAAGUGCGAUGUGGCUGAUGAUUUUGAUCCCAAAAUCCACUGCAACAAGAAACUGAUAGGUGCUCGAUUCUUUUCCAGAGGAUACAACAUGGCUUCUGGGGGCAAAGAAGCGCAAUCUCCUCGAGAUGAGGAAGGUCAUGGAACCCACACGGCAAGUACCGCAGCUGGAUCUCAGGUGGCAAAUGCCAGCCUUCUGGGAUAUGCAAGUGGAAACGCCCGAGGAAUGGCCCCCCACGCUCGGGUGGCCACUUAUAAAGUCUGUUGGAAAACGGGUUGUUUUGGUUCAGACAUAUUGGCUGGAAUGGAGCAAGCAAUUCUUGAUGGAGUAGACGUGUUGUCUCUCUCUCUAGGGGGAGGAUCUGUGCCUUAUUAUCGUGAUACCAUUGCUAUUGGAGCAUUUGCCGCAAUGGAGAAAGGUAUUCUUGUUUCUUGUUCUGCUGGAAAUAGUGGUCCUGCUAAAUCUACACUUGCAAAUGUGGCUCCAUGGCUAAUGACUGUUGGAGCCGGUACUCUCGACCGGGACUUCCCGGCUUAUGCUACAUUAGGCAACGGACAGAAGUUCACUGGUGUAUCAUUGUAUAGUGGUAGAGGAAUGGGAAAAACAAUGGUGGAAAUGUUCUACAGUAAAGGUAGCAAUAAUUCUAGUAAUUUGUGUUUAGAAGGGUCCCUUGAUCCGGCCAUUGUGCGUGGGAAAGUUGUCGUAUGCGAUAGAGGGAUCAAUGCAAGGGUUGAAAAGGGUACGGUAGUGAGAGAUGCCGGUGGCGUUGGUAUGAUCCUAGCUAACACGGCCGCGAGCGGGGAGGAGCUGGUGGCAGACAGUCACUUGUUACCGGCGAUGGAAGUGGGGAGAAAGGUGGGGGAUAUAAUUAGGGAAUACGUUAAAACGGAUAAGAAACCCAUGGCGAUUAUUAGCUUUGGUGGGACGACGUUGAAUGUGAAGCCAUCGCCGGUGGUGGCUGCCUUCAGCUCUAGAGGGCCGAACACGGUGACUCCCCAGAUAUUGAAACCGGAUGUAAUUGGACCGGGGGUCAAUAUCUUGGCUGCUUGGUCCGAGUCCGUUGGCCCGACCGGGCUUGAGCAGGACACUCGUAAGACCUCCUUCAACAUCAUGUCUGGUACAUCCAUGUCUUGCCCACACAUCAGCGGAUUGGCAGCUCUGCUGAAAGCAGCACAUCCCGAUUGGAGCUCGAGCAUGAUCAAGUCUGCGCUAAUGACCACGGCCUACACGCACGACAACACAAAUUCUCCUCUACGCGAUGCUGCAGACAAUUCGUAUUCCAAUGCGUGGGCUCAUGGAGCCGGUCAUGUUGACCCGCAGAAGGCCCUGUCCCCCGGCCUAGUGUAUGAGAUCACCCCGCAAGGGUACAUUGGCUUCCUUUGCUCUUUGGGCUAUGCAACUGAGCAUAUCCAAACCAUAGUUAAACGUCCGAACAUCACUUGUAGUAGGAAAUCCUCUGAUCCGGGCCAGCUCAACUAUCCGUCAUUCUCGGUCCUUUUUGGCAAAUCUAGGGUUGUUCGGUACUCCCGGGAGUUGACAAAUGUUGGAGCCGCUGGAUCUAUCUACCAAGUGGCGGUCCAAGUUCCCGCUUCAGUGACCGCAACUGUGGAGCCAGCAAGGCUAGUUUUUGGAAACGUGGGCGAUAAGCAACGAUAUACAGUUACGUUCGUGUCGAAGAAGGGCUUAAAUCAGUUCGUUGACAGGAAUGCUGCAUUUGGUUCCAUUUCUUGGAACAAUGCCCAACAUCAAGUGAAAAGUCCAGUUUCCUUCUCUUGGACACGCACGUUAUGAUUUGAAGCUAGGAGUUAUUUCUUGAAAUAGAGCAAGGGACGAACCGAUGCUAUCUCAGCAGGCAACGGCUACCUACGAGCUUGGGAAACUGUUUUCCAAUAUAAUUUGAUUUUUCUGAAAAACUGAGGAAUUAGUUCCUCAAAGCUUUGAUUUCCUUUGUAGUGGAAGUGGAAUUGGGAAUAUGUUCCUGGUACCCCAGUUUGUUUAAUGUAAUGGACAUUAGACUAUUGAGCCCAUAAAAAUAAUUCAUUGGGCCCCUAAUGCUGACUUGAAAAUCCCAAUGAAGUUCAAUUCAAGCAAUGGGUCUUAUAUAAAUAUCCUUAAUUU